AUCCAACAUGCCAACGCCGUUGGAUCGUGCUUUGAACUCCAAGAAUCUCUUUCUGGGGUUCACUGGAAUGGUGACAGCUGCGGCUGUCUGGGCUAUUUGGGGUAGCGACAUGUUCCCUGCGGAGCCAGAUCCGACGGGAGACCCGGAAACCUGGUCUCAUGAUGAAAUGCGAAGAUGGCUUCGAGCGAGAGGACUUCUACCUCAUGAGAGCGCAACGCGCGAAGAGCUGCUGGAACGCAUAAGAGCCAAUUUGCGCGUGCCGCGCAGAAGCCAAACUUAAUUCCGAGACGGGUAUGGUGUAUGGGCGAGCUCCGGAAGGGUGUUUUCUUUUAUCGGCAUGUCAUAGCGUUUCUAGGUUGGAUGGUUUUCUUUUCCCUCGGUAUAGCUCAAGUUAUAACAUAUGUCGUUGAAUGUCU